AUGAGCCUGGACCUUUGGCUAAACAAAACUAUUCUAGAAGAAAAUGUUCACGGCGUGCUUAUAAUAGACGAAAAAACAGGCCUUAGUCUUGGGAGCCGCGGUGUUGCUGAAAACAUUGAUGCCCAGAAGAUUAAGUGGCUGCGCGAUCAUAAUCAACAUAAUGAGAUUUUUACUUUACGGCACAAUGACUCAAUCGUUUAUGUUACUCAAGAGGGUGAUAUCCUUUUGGCCAUCUACAAACCCGCGUCGCAAAGAGCACUUUCUUCCACCGGUAGCACACCGUCACUAAAUGACGCAUGA